AGACAGAGCAGCGCAGCCCGGCAGCGCGGCGCUCUGCUGCUCCGGUGGAUCAGUGGAGGUAGUUAGUGAAUGUUUCUUUGCUCAGUGAUUAAGGGGGAGGACCAAUGGCAACAAAGGAGACGGAGAGGACGGUGGCUCCUCCUCUCCCUAUCUCUCUCUCCCUCACUGUGCUUUAUAGAUGCAUAUAAUCCCCGAGUUGACCCAGAAAACAAACUCCCUCUGACUACCGAGACGCCGCAGAGUUAGAGUCCGCCGCAGGGCUGCAUGUAGCCGGAGCAUCAGCUGGAGAAUAACCCCGGCACUAAUCCAACUUCUCCGCACGGAUUCAUCGCACAUUCAGACAUCGGGUAGGUGUCGCCUUCUGUUACUCCCUGAACAGGUAGAGAAGCUGCACUUUGCCUUUGUACUCUUCACCAUUUUAUUAUUUCUUUACAGAAAUAAAAAACAGGCAGAUCAGACCCGUUUGCAGGUUGCUUCACCUUUUCACUUUGUUAGCUUGUGGCGCUAUUACAGGCUAUUUGUUGCGGUUUUUUAAUGCUUAAAUGUUAAAUAUCCAACUGUUAAUGCCUUCAACCCUCGAGGAAUAAAAGAAAGGUUUUAUGCUUGUGUGAUAAUACUAGCAAUUAUGAUCCCCCAUAGACUAUCUAUUUACAAAGUGGCAUUUAAACUGAAUGGUAAUCCAGAUCUGCGGAGCCGCUUCACAGAUAGAGAAGUGUGUAAUUAGGUAACACAAGAGCGGAAUAUACUGAGCAGGAUUAAGGCUAUUGAGGAAAGUGUCUAGUUUUAUCACUUCUAAAAGGGCUGAAUUUCUCAAAGCAGCUGGGGUCAUUGCCUCACUAGACCACAGGUCGCUUGAAAUGUCUUUAUUGUUCUUAGACAUGACAUUAUAUCUCGAUGUGGAUAUGUUAUUAUGAUCAUCCCAUCAAGACGCACGGUGUAGAACACACUCAGCCCCUCACAUUGACAGCAAAUGACAUUCUGAGCAUGGACAGGAUCUGUUUUUAUCCGUAGGUUAAUCUUAAUUGGAGAUCUUCAUAGUGACUGUGUGAAGACAGAGGCUGUGUGUUGUGCGUUAAGGAGAGAGGGGGGAGAGGUGUGUGUGGUCUCGGGAAGCAUUCCUCUGCGUCCUUUUGGCUGCAAGGGUAUUACUGCCCUCCCUCGUCAGUGUGAUGUGUGAUAUCCAGUGGUAAUUCACUGAUGAUGUGAUCCUGGAGAGUUGAGUUUUUUUUUAAAUUUAUUUUUAUGAAAGUGGUUGAAGAAAGAAACUGUGGUAGGGAGAUGAGUUUCAACUGAGAAAGAGUGGAGUUUUUUUUCUUUUCUUUUUUAGAUCAAGUUGUUUUAAAAGGGACACUCCAGCUGUUUGAGCAUUGCACUUCUGUAAAAUUGGCUGACUCACAGGAGACAGAUUAAAGAAGAAAAGAUUCAAAUUGAAGCAGUAGGAUUAAACCCUGACACAUACAAUCCUACUUGGACCAAAAAGCAGCUGUCUCUGUUUUCGCCUGUUUUGCGUUUUAACUAUUUCGAGACGGUGUUGUUUACGUGAGUUAAGACUAUCCAGUCAUGGAGGUUUGUCACUAUUCAUACGCCACUGUGCCUGCAUCAUUGAGAAAUUACACCAUCAAAAUAUUAGCUGUCAUUGACGUUUUAGUUGCCACUGUGCUGAGCUGUUUCUGGCCUCGACUAAACCUACUAUGUUACAAGGGUUCGCCUCUCUGUCUGAGCUGUUCGAAAAUUAAAGUACUUCAUGUUUUCAGAAAUUUUUAGUUGGUUAAAUAGACAUUAAAUAAUGUCCUUAGGGUAUCAUUGUAGGCCCGAGUUUAACUGAUACUGGAUUAGCUUAGAUUACACACUUGUUUACUUUCCGUAUUACAUUAAAUAUCCAAUCGCAACACUUUACACCUUUGUCACAUUCGUAAAAUCAUUAGUUCAAAAUUCAGAAACAUACCAUUCUACUUCGCCCACCAAUAAGCUUGAUUGUUUUCCAUCUUUAAAGCCUGUUUUGUAUUUUUAAGCUGUUUUAUGGGCUGUAAGAGGAGAUAAGAGAGUUCACCACUUUUAGUUUGCCUUAGUGUCCAUGUCAUUCAGACGUUAUACCACUAAAGUACAAUAUGGCGUUGUGUCUAUGCAACUAAAUUGGGCUGUUUCCGGCUGCUUUAUACUUUGGAAAAUGACGGCCUGUGCAGAUCAUGUUGCAGUUGUAGCCAAAUAAUGUGUGAAAUAUUGGAAAUACAUGGGCAUAGAUUCCUAAGGAUGUGCACAUUUAAUCAGUUAAUAGAUACAAUGAUUAAAAGUUGUCACCUUCACUAGUCAGCACAAGAUCACAUUGAUAUGUGUAUUAUUUUAGGUCCAAAACUCCAGUGUCAAAGUUUAACUUGUGCUGAAUUCAUAGGUGAUAAUCUAGGCAGAUGUUCUGAGUAGCAAACCAACCAAUUUUGCUGCUCACUUCCCUAUUUGGAAAAUGCAUUGCACUAUCUGAUGCAUUCAUGUUGGUAGUAAAGAGCAUACUGAGUCAUGGGGUUUAAUCAAAGUGAUUGUUAUCAUAAAAGAAAGUUGGCUGUACAGGUGCCUGUUCAAAACAUGGCAGAUGGCGCCAUGAUUUGUCAAGGGUAGAGUAAGUAGAGAGAAAAGUUGUGUUUACUUGUGAGGAGGACCAAGGUUGGUGGUGCUAGUUAUGCUAACGUUAGCCACACUUGGUGAACCAGUUUUACGAUGAAUACAUUUUUCUCAGUUUUGAAAAAGUUUACAUUUAUGUGUCUAAUAAACGUGGCUAAUGUAAACCUUAAUGGGAUUUUGGUUGAGAAAUUGAUGAAAACCCCUUGCUUUGUUUUUCAUUUUUGGAGUUCCUGUCUCUGAGGUCAAGCUAACUAACUCUAGACAGCUUCCUUUAUCAUCCUUUUAAAAAAUGCACACACACUACACAACAAGCAAUCUUAUAAUCAGUGAACAAGACUUCAUACUUGUGUAUUUAUAUUUGAUCCUCAUUUUGAUUGCAUUAAUGAUAGCAAGGCUGCAACAAACAAUAAUUUAAUUACAGUUACUUGCUGAUUAGUUUCCUAAACUGUUGAUUUGUUGGUUAGAUAACUAAAUGAGACCACAACUGUAAGUGGAUCAUUAUCAUUUCAUUUGCCUUAGGGGUGUUGUCAAAUUUUUACCACCUUAAAUGGCAAAUCAAAGGUGAAAAUCUCUUCUGUCUUUGAUAAUAUUAACAAAAAAAGUUUAAUAUUUUUGCUCGGAGAUGUCUGAAAUUCCAGAGUCAAGUAUGUGCCAGUGAUCUAAUCUGAUUUUUUUUCUGCUCAGGGUAACUUUGCAGCCAUGGCUGAACACAUGAUGAUGCCCAUGACCCACGGCUUCAGGAUGGGCAUGAACGGACCUCCGCAGCACGGCGGUCAGCCCGGCUUGCGUGGGUUACCGAACGGUCAAGUGAUGCACUACGGCAGGAACCCUCAGAACAACAUGGAGGCUGCCAUGAGACAGCGGCCAGGCAUGGUGGGGCCUGGAGGGAUGGGGGGCCCUGUGAAUGGAGCUCCCAUGGCCAACCACCACCACCAGAUGAUGUCUGGGAACAUGAUGUACAACGGGCAAGGUCCGCCACAGCAGCAUCACCACAUGCACCCCCAGCAGCAGCAGGGUGGGCACCCACAGCAGUACCACCCUGGUAACCUCACCUCCCAGCAGCUCAUGGCCAGCAUGCACCUGCAGAAACUCAACACUCAGUACCACGGACACCCUCUGGGCUCAGCUAAUGGCCACCACAUGCCUAAUGGUGCUCAGUACCGGGUGGGUCCAGCCCAGCUGUCGGGCAUGCAGCACAUCGGCGGCCCUUUGGGGCUAAACGGCAUGGACAUGGAUCUGAUUGACGAGGAGGUUCUGACGUCACUGGUGUUGGAGUUUGGUUUGGAUCGUGUUCAGGAGCUACCUGAGCUCUUCCUCGGACAGAAUGAGUUUGACUUCAUAUCGGACUUUGUGUGCAAACAGCAGCCGAGCACGGUGAGCUGCUGAGCAAGAAGGCUGAAUCUGGUUCGGUUUUGUUUUGACUGGACUGGACACCCCAAAGAAUGACUGAGCGGUCACAGUAGCACAGUGAGAGGAGACAAUCUCUCUGUUCUGUUUUGGGUGUUUCUGUGUCUGUGUUUGACAGUGUUUAGUACGCCUUCACACUGCGAGUUGAGGAAGACUUGUAACAAGAGGAAACACAGCAGAGACACCAGGUUUCUCUUGUUUGAGGCAGUGCCAGGAAGAUCUGUCGUCUGUGGCCAAAUUGAGGCAGCCUGAUGCAGCGGGCUCUGUCUGUACCCAUCUGGCCCUCAGCACAUGUGCCUGCAGUGCCAAGGCUUUGGGAAAAUUGUAAACUUAACAGAGAGGAAACGCCUGAAAAGACUCUCCAUCUGGGUCUGCUACAUGCUGUGGCAUCUUUAAAUGUAUUUUAUCUCUGAUGACACCUUCAGACAGUAGCAGACGUUUUACAAAUUUAUAAAAAGGUAGUCCUCUGAAUUUGUUUGUACAAGGAUGAAGGGGUUGAGACAGAUUUUUGUGUGCUUAUUGAAGGCUGGCUCUUCAAAAACUGCUUCAAAAUAUCACAUAUUUCCUUGAAGAGCAGGAGAGUGAGGUUGUGCAGCAAUCUUAGGAGAAGUGACGGGGUUUAUCUCGGAUUGGUCGUGUUGAAAUGUGCCGCAUUGAUUCUCGGGCUUUCAGUGUCAUUUACCUGUCUCAGAUAAAAUCUGCAAUCAUCAAGUGCGUCACAUCUGUUCCCUGCUAAUUAGCUGUGAUUGAAUCAUUGGCAAAGUAGCACAUUGUUUACUGUGUUGUUAAAAACAAAGCAUUUAUCUGCUAAAUAUGGCUGUAACAUCCUUCUGCUUCAACAUUUGGCUGCAUAUCGCAGCCUGUUGCAAAGCUAAUCAAAAAAAAACAAAAAAAGAUGUUGAUCCCAGGUAUGAGGUGGGAUUAAAAAAAGAAAGAGUAAAAAAGAAAAAAAGAGUGUGAUAGAAGAAAUUGUAUGUUAUUUGUGUGUGUGGGUGGGUGGUGGAUUAAGUGAGACAUUUAAAAUCCAUCAAAAGACAUCCUGCUUCCUUAAAACUACUGGAAAUAAUGACUUGACAAAUUAAGAUUACAGACUGAAACAGACAGAGAGACUUAUUAAUUACCCUCAAAAAUCUGAAAAAUAAAGCCUCAGAAAUAAGAAAAUAUAUUUAAAGUUUCCUUUUUUUAACUUUGCUUUUGCACACGAUAAUAACACAUUCCAACAAGAUGUUUUUAUCAUAGAAAGAAACAAACGUGUUUCCGCAUAAUAAUUCUGCUGUAAACAAAAGAUAUAUCUAGUUGGUUUAAUAAUUUGCUCCCACAAGAUAAAUAUUUUAUAGUUAUUUGGAAACAAUGUAUUCAUUUUGUGUCCAUAACGAUUUAUCUUGUAGGACAAAUUUAAUCAUCUUGUGUGCAAACUAUAAAUAGCACAUGGAAAUGAGUCAUUAUCUUGUGCACAUAAUAUGAUAACGUAGCCCCACAAUGUAAUUGUCUUGCAUGCAUAUGGACGAACUUACGAUGGAACUUAUGAGCACCAUUUCAGAUCCAGUUAAAGUCUUGUGCGCACGAACUUUUAUCUUGUGCAUUCUACUUUAUAACUUGUCCCAACAAGAUAUCUGUAUUGUGCAUGCUCCCUUAAGAUUGUUAUAUAGUGGAUAUAAAUUCUUAUCUUGCACAUGCAACAUAAUAACCAUAAGGGAGCUGGUAGUUAUCUUGCACAUGCACACAAGUUGUGAUCUUGUGCACGUAAAAAAAUUACUUGUUCCCUCAAGAUAAUUAUAUUAUAUGCACGAGUUAUUGCCAUGUAGAGACAUGUUAAGUAAAUGUCUUUUGCAAACAGUUGCUUUGUUGUCUUGUGUGCAAAAGAUGAUUACAUUGUGCACAAGAUACAUUUUUUUCCACUUUUCGGUAUUUCUAAGGCUCUACAGAAUUUUUUGGUGCUACUUCAAGCUCAAACAUGCUCAUUAUCUGUCUGAAAAUGUUAGCUUCUUGAGGUACAGAAGACCUCGGAUCUUGUCAUUUUGGGUUUCCAGUAGUUUUAAGUGUGCUGCAGACGGUUUAAGGCUGCACAGGGAGAUGGGGUAGAGAGACUUAGAUGUGUGGACACAGCACUCCCUGGCAGCACUUGGUUUAAUCAUUAUUUAAAGCUGCCGCUACCUGUGGCAUUGAUUUCAUUCAGCAGUAGGAGUGAGUGAAGAGCACAAAGCAGGCACAUUUGUUGUUUUUUGCCAUAGAUUAGCUUACUCUGCUGCUUUUCUACUGAUUAGAUUCAAAUUACAUGUUCUCACACGCUUGUCUUAAUUGAGGUCGGCUUGCACAUUCUCCAAUGACUCAAUAAUUAUAAAACGGACAUGUUUUUUUGCGCAGUUGGUAAUUAGGUUUUUUUUUGUCAAGGUUGCUGCUUCGCCACUGUAGGCUGGUUGAGGGAGAACUUCCUGCUCUCGUCAGGCUAUUUGUGGAGCUGUCAGAGAGGUCAGGGCCACGCUGGUGCACUGUGUUAAUCUGUUCCAAUACCACUGUGCUGCUGCUGCUGUCCCUGUCUCUCUCUGGAGAUCUGCCAUCUCCAGCUCUCCAAUCAAACAACGGGCAUUGAAACGCUGUGGUAGAAAAAAAAAAAAAAAAAAAGGCGGAAAAGUGCCACUCUGUUUCACUUUCUGCCUGGCAAACUGCAGCCAGAGCAACUCACAACCUCACAGUUCAUGUGUAAAUCUUUUUUUCUGGCCUUAGCGAGACAGUGGCCUCUGAUUACUGCUGUAACAAUGAGCGCAGCCUUCUUGUGUAUUCUAUCUUUGUACUGUAGACUAGAGGUGAAGUUGAUCUAGACACAUUUAAAGGUACUUUCAGAAAACAUUGUCAGAUGUAAGUGUAAAUCAGUGGAUGAUUUGAUGUGUUGACAAAAAAGAUUAUAUCCUACAAUUUUUUUUUUACAAAUCAAGUGUGUAGAUACAGUUUGAGUUUGCGUGCAGGACCUGAAGCUUUAAGACCAAGUAGACUGCAUGUUAAAGCAAGCGUGAGGGAUGCCACCACUUUCCCACAGAGCAGCUGAGAAUGUACAGUACAACACUUUGUGGGAACUUGUCUUAAGAUGGUAGAUAAACAUGUGAGAUUGUACUCCUUGUUCCAAAAUUACACAUCAUUCAUUUGGGUAAACCCCCCUAAACUCCCCACCCAUUCUUCUCCUUUCCUUCUUCCCCAAAGCUUUUGUAAUGUUAUUGAUUCUAUUUUAAGAAAAUGUAUUUAUUUUCAAAUAAAAUAUUUAUUUAAAGAAA